UUUGGGCACACAGUGAUGCUGGAUCUCAUCAGUGGUUCUGAGGGACCUGUGCCCCCCACCCCGAGAUGUGUACCCCCUCCUCCAGCUGUGUCCUGUCCCCAGGUGUGCGGCGUGGCCCUGGUGGCCAUUGGCAUCUAUGCUCACCUGGCCCUCAACCAGGCUCUGGUGGCAGGCAGCGGCUCAGCAGCCAGCAGCCCCGUAGCCAUCAUGGUGGUGGGCAUCAUCAUCUUCUUCGUUUCCUUCUUCGGCUGCUGCGGGGCCUGGAAGGAGAGCUACUGCAUGGUCACCACGUUCGCCGUUCUGCUCAGCAUCAUCUUCCUGGUGGAGAUCGCCGCUGCCAUCGCUGGUUACGUCUUCAAGGAUAAGGUCCGUUCAGUGCUGGAGGAGGGGCUGUGGGACACCAUGAGCAAAUACGGCGAGGAUGUGCCACUGACAGAGGCAGUGGACAAACUGCAGGAGGAUUUCCACUGCUGUGGUUCCAACAACUACACGGACUGGGCCACCCUUGAGAGGUUCCGGGCUAAUAACACUGUGCCACGCUCCUGCUGCCGUGUCAACACCACCAACUGCAAUGUGAACCCCACUGCCAGCACCAUCUAUGUAGAGGGCUGCCAGAAGGGCAUUGAAGCGUGGAUGAAGAAGAACAUCCUCAUCGUGGCCGCUGUUGCAUUGGGUAUUGCCUUCUUUGAGAUCCUGGGCGUCAUCUUCACCUGCUGCCUGAUGAAGGGCAUCCGCAGUGGCUACGAGGUCAUGUAAUCCCCUCCCCCGGGGGCACUGCGCCAAGCCCA